AUGGGCAACCGUGCGUCGCGCUACAACCGCCCCGCCGCCGAGCAGCAGCCGGCGUCACCCGACCCCGCCCAAGCCCCAGACCCAGCCGCCGCCGCAGCCGCAGCCGCAGCCGAAGCAGGCGGCGGUCGAGGGGCGGGGGCGGGGGCGGGGGCGAGGGCGGCGGGGCGCGUGCUGGGGCGGCCCAUGGAGGACCCGCAGGGCCCGUGCAAUGCGCUGGCGGUGCUGCGGGACCACGCGGGCUCCGUCUCUAGCCUCUCGCUCUGCGGGGAGUUCCUGCUCAGUGCGUCCACGGGCGGCGACAUCGUGGUGUGGCAGCAGCCCGACCUGCGGCGCUUCGCGCGGUUCGACCACGGCGAGAACGGCGGCUCCGUCAAGGCGCUGGCGGCCUCGGGUGGGCGGGUCUUCUCCGCACACCAGGACGGCCGCGUCCGCGUCUGGCGCGUCUCCCGCCGCUCCCGCUCCCAGAACGCCUUCAAGCUCAUCGCCGCGCUGCCCACCGCCAGGGACUACCUGGGCCGGCGCCUCUGGAUCGAGCACGCCGACAGCAUCUCCUGCCUCGCCGUCGCCACCACCGUGCACAACGCCGCGCUGCUCUACUCGGGCUCCUGGGACCGCACGCUAAAGGUCUGGCGCAUCACUGACCUCAAGUGCCUCGACUACAUCCUCUCCCAUGACGACGCCGUCAACACCGUCGCCGCCGGCGCCGGCGUCGUCUACUCCGGCUCCGCCGACGGCCGCGUCAAGGCGUGGGAGAAGGGCAAGGCGCCGCAUUUCCUCCAGGGCGUCCUCGUCGCCCGCGAUGGCGUGUCCUGGAACGCGCUCGCCGUCGCCGCAUCCGACCACCGGGUCUACGCCGCGGGCUCCGACAGCCACAUCGCCGGCUGGGACCGCCGCGCGCUGGACCCUCGCGUGCGAUGUGAAGGCGCACGACAUGGCAGUGCUGUGCCUCUACGUCGUCAGGGACCUGCUCUGCACCGGCUCCGCCGACAAGACCAUCGGCCUUUGGCACCGGCAGAGCGGCGGCGAGCUGGCCAAGGUGGGCGUCAUUGGAGGCCACGAGGGCCCUGUAAAAUGCAUCCAGGCGUCCUGGGAUAUGAUGUGGUCGCCCUGGCAAGUCCUGAACGUUUUGUUGUUGGCUUGGAUAUUUCUGAUCUGGCUGUCAAGAAGGCUAAGCAGGGCUUUCAGAGUGAGAUGGCCCUGAAAGUAAUGAAUGAACAUGUUGUAUUUUGUGUGAAUCGGCUCAAUUAUCAGAAGGUACUGGAACCGCUGGGUUUGAAGGCCAUUCUUAUGGAAGACAAUGAGCUAGCUAUUAAACCACGGAAGGGAUGUGAGAAAAUCGGGAGGUGGAAAAGAUAUGCACACCAAUCAUCUCUGUGA